AUGGUUCCUAACGCCAACAGUAGCAGUCCUAUAUCUAACAACUCUACGUCAUUGCAAUCGCCUAAUGCUAUACCUCCUAGGACUUCCUCUACAGGAUAUAUUACUCCCCUCCCCCCCGUCAAAUCUGUUCUACGUCCUGUUCCAGACUGGUUAGGCAUGCAUGCUACUGGCCCUCAAGACCCUGCGCGCUAUGAGACGGAGGACUUAAACUACACUUCGCGGAAAACGUGGACCGAACAAAAAGAAAAGGUACUAAUGGGUCCCUUCGACUACCUGUUUGCCCAUCCCGGGAAAGACUUCCGUACUCUCAUGGUCAACUCCUUCAAUGCGUUGCUAGAGGUACCACAAGAAAGUCUCGAUGUCAUUACUAAAGUUGUCGGUAUGCUACAUACCGCAUCCCUCCUUGUCGAUGAUGUCGAGGACAGUUCGCUAUUGCGAAGGGGUCUUCCCGUUGCCCACAGCAUUUUCGGCACGGCGCAAACCAUAAACUCGGCCAAUUAUGUCUACUUCUGCGCCUUACAAGAAUUACAGAAACUGAAGAAUCCGAAGGCGGAAGAGUAUCUCGAGAUGGUCGGAAACAAGACUGGAGGACUCUUCCGUUUGGCUAUCAAGCUCAUGCAAGCCGAAUCAGCUACCCCCAUCGACUGUGUACCCUCGUCAAUCUACUCGGCAUUCUCUCAGAUCCAAGAUGACUACAGGAACCUGUCGAGCCCUGAAUAUGGGCAGAACAAGGGGCUCUGUGAAGAUCUGACCGAGGGAAAGUUCUCGUUUCUGAUCAUCCAUAGUAUACGCACAAACCCGUCGAACCUCCAGCUCCUAAACAUCCUUAAGCAGAGGACAACAGACGAAGAAGUGAAGCGGUAUGCCAUGAAGUAUAUGGAGAGCACGGGAAGCUUCGAGUACACUCAAAAAGUGAUAACAAUCCUAAUUGAGAGGGCGAGAAAGAUGACAGACCAUCUUGACGACGGUAGAGGGAAGAACAUUGGGAUCCAUAAGAUCCUAGAUAAGCUGAUAAUAUGA